AUGACUCAGACUCAGACCAGUGAAUCAAACUCAGACCGCAGUGACUCAAAGGUUGCUAAUCUGUGGUACCUGGAUAGUGAGAGCUCAUGGCACAUGAUCGGCAACAAGGCAAAAUUCGCUUCAAUUGCUCCCAAGGAUGGAGGGAUGGACUCUAAAGAUGAGAAUAUAGAGGCUGGAGGAAGGGAAGGUUCAGAUACUUCCAGUGAAGAGGAUAUUGAUACCUCUAAGAUGCUGUGGGGAGGACUUGAUCCAAUGACUACAGAGAAUUGGGUACAAGAAAUGGAGGAGAUCAUGGUUGUACUCGAUUGUACGGACGAGCAGAAGGUCCGUUAUGCUGCAUUCAAGAUGGCCGGAGAGGCGAAAUGCUGGUGGCUUUCUACAAAACUGCUAGAGGACCAGAGGUUGGUAAAGAUAGCUCUUACAUGGGAGAGAUUCAAUGAGCUAUUUUUUGACAGGCAUUUUCCUUCAUCUUUCAGAGAGGAAAAGAUUGAAGAGUUCACUAACCUGACCCAGGGAGAGAUGACUGUUGCAGAAUACACAGCAAAAUUUGUGGAGCUAUCAUGCUUUGCACCAUUUCUUAUUCCAAACGAGGCAAGGAAGGCCAGGAAAUCUGAGAAAGGCCUGAGGUGCAGAAUAUACGAGCUGGUGGUGGAGUUUCAGGUUCAGAAUUUUUCAGAUUUAGUUGAUAAGGCUUCGAUGCUAGAGAAGAGUGCCCAAAGCAGCACAGAGCCUUCAGAGCAGAAGAAGAGGCCUGUACCAUCUAGUUUUCAGUCUGAGGCUAGUAAGGGAUCAGGGAAGAAAGGGAAGGAGAUAGUGGACUCCAUAUGCCAGAAAUGUAAUAAAACGCACAGGGGCGAAUGUUGGUUUGGCACUCCAAAAUGUUUCAGGAAUGGUAAACCGGGACAUAUCAACAAAAAUUGUUGGGAACCAUUGCCUAUGGUAUUUGUUUAG